CGACAGUCGCCUUUAGUUAGGGUGUGUAACGUUACCAGUGUUCUGUUGUAAUUAUUCUAUUUAGAUAUUUACCUGUUGUACGUGCUCAUUGCUCCGCGCAGUGAGUCCACUUAACACUACUAAUGUGAAGUUGACCAUGGCUGAGAUCAGUGAUCCUAAGAUUGCAUUUGCCUAUCUACGCCCGACCUGUGUCCUGCUUACCCGAGAGCCCACUGUGACCAAUGUGGAGUUACUGAGUGCCCAGUUGAAAGAAGUCAAUGAUGCCACGUUGCAGCAGCUCCAAGAGUAUGUCCUCUUUCCUCUUCGCUUUGUCCUUAAAGUCCCCGGGCCUAAGAAGGACAAACUGGUGCAGGCUGUGGCUGAAGCCAUCAGCUACGUGCUGGAGAACACUUGUGUCCAGAGAUGGGACACCCUGCAUGACCUUCUUUCAGAGCUUUGCCUCUGCCUGUGCUGUCCAACCGAUCCUGGGAAGCCUGCAGAUACAUCUGAGGAGCUUAAAACAGCAGUGCUGAGGUGCCUGGACGCACUGCUUCAUGCUGCUUACGGUGAUAUAGUCUUUAAACUCUUUGAACCCGUUAUGCUGGCCGGACUGGGAGCUGCCAUAUCACUGCUGCUGGCUUUAGGAGAGAAGGAGAAAUCUCGAGAUAUACAGGCAGCAGCGUUAAAGUGCCUCCAGACUUUGACUCUGCAAUGUGAUUGCACUCAGGAGCACAUAGUCCCAUCCUCAGAGGAGAGAAGCAUUAUAGGCAGCACCAUGGCUUCCUUCUUACCUGGUAUCACUGUGGCUGUAGCCAGGAUCAUUACAGGAGAUCUGAGACAAGGCCAUGCAGUCACAGUCAGGGCCAUCAAGGUUUGGUCCAGGACUGUGGGGCUUGUCAUGGAAGAUGCCCAGCUUCAAGCCAGUGAGCCCUGUAAGACUCCCUCACCAGACCUGGGGAGAAUAGGACAACUUUUGGUCCAUCGGACAGAAUCCUGGGUGAAGAGCACAGCAGGGAAACUAUUUGUGCUCCUAAGAAAGAUCGUCUCCUGCACCUCAGCUCACCAGCACUGGACGGUUAGACUAGAGAUGGUGGAGCUGGAUGACCAUCUGCUAGCCAGAUGUAGCCAGUCACUGGGAGAGUGUGUGGGGCUGCUUCUGGAAGCACUGGUGGGAGCAAUCAAUGAUGAGGAGCCCAGAGUCAGAAAGAGGUGUGAGGUCGCUCUCAGAGCGGUAUCACAGAGGAAUCAGAGCUGUAGCAGCAGCUGUGAUACCAGUAAAAGCAGCAGCAGUGCUCAGACCUUUACUGAUGUGCUUUCAGAGAAUCUCCACGUUUUGGCUACCUCCCUGCCCAGACUGAUGAGGACUACUGAUGACCAGAAGAAGCUCUUUGUCCUUAAUGUGUUUCUGGGUUAUUUAAAAGUCCUGGGACCGCUUGUCUCUGUCGUGCUAAACUCAGCUGCACAUCUUGAGAGGAUUUCAAAAGCCUUAAUGCAGGUGCUGGAGCUGGAUGUGAUGGAUGUUCGCAUUGUAGAGGAAAGGAGUUACGCUGCUUCCAUAGAGACAAGCUCAGGCUCUCAUGAUUCGUACACUGCCCACAUUCAGAGGAAGCAUUUUCUCUACUUCACAGAUGAGAAGAUCUUCUCUGUGCUCAUGGAGAUCUGUCGAACAUUAGGUUACUAUGGCAACAUUUACUUGCUGACAGAUCACUUUCUGGAUCUGUACCAAAUGUCUUCUGCAUACAGAAAGCAGGCUGCCAUGGUGCUAAAUGAGAUUGUCAGGGGUUCUGCGGGCAUAGCCGUGGCAACAGAGACUCAUGGUUUGGAGAGUCAAGUCUGGAGACACUCUGCCACCCAGGAAGACCUCAAGAUGGCAGUGGUGUCUAUCAUGGAGGAAUACACCAGUCUGAAGAACUGGCACUUGAUUACUGUUGGUGAGGAGAUGGAUAGAGACCGGGAGGACCAGCAGCUGCUCAGCCCAUCCAGACUCGUCUCCAUAUCCAACAGCAAUGCCAGCAACACUAAUGCAAACUCACUCCAAGUGAUUCCUUCAACAUUUGCCUCCCCGUCUCCCUCAUUGUCCACCUCUACAAUCCACCAUCUCAAUAGCAACAUCUGGCAACUGUGUAUCCAACUUGAGGGCAUCGCCUGCUUUGCUCAGGCCUUGGGACGUGACUUCCGUCCCUUGUUGAUGACAUCACUGUACCCUGUACUGGAGAAAGCUGGGGAGGAGACAUUGCUCAUCAGCCAGGCAGCGCUGGGCACCAUGUGGGACGUCAGCAAGGCCUGUGGCUACCACUCUUUAAAGGAGCUGAUCAAUGAGAACUCAGACUACCUGCUCAAUGACAUAUCACUUAACCUGCAGAGGCUCAGCAAGCAUCCACAGGCUCCACGUGUGUUGACAGUGAUGUUAACUCACUCUGACUGCAGCCUGCUACCUCUGGUUGGGGACAUUGUUCAGGAUGUGCUGAUGGCUCUGGAUCUCAGCUAUGACAACACAGCUGCUCUUUUCUGUUCUGUGCUGCACACACUCAUGGCGGCGCUGGCGAGGUGGUUUCCCUCCAGUUGUGGUAGGGUCGGUGAGUCUGCCAGACCUAAGCAGACCUCCACUCACAAGGAAGUCCUCAACAUCCGCCAAUUCUUGCUGGACUAUCGCAAACAGAAAGAGCUGGCAGAGGGCAUUGGAAUAGAGGAGGAGGACACUAAGGGCCUCGAAGUCCCUCCUCCCAUCGAGUGUGAGGAUGUUAAAGAUAUUGGUGGUCCUGAUGUAAAAGCAGAGCUUCCCUCCCACCUCCGCAUCACCAAAGAAGUUAUGGAGCGCUGCAUUCAUCUACUGUCCAACCCUAGUCUCCGGGUCCGACUCAAGGUAUUGGAUGUGCUGGAGCUAUGUGUGUGUGUACUCAGUGAGAAGGAAAAUGAGAUGCUGCCUAUGGCCCAUCGCUGCUGGCCUGCCCUCCUACAGAGACUCACAGCUGAUGACCCUUUAGCAGUCCUCAGAGCCUUCAGGAUGCUGUGUACACUGGGUGAAACAUGUGGUGACUUUCUGAGGAGGAGGGUUUCUAAAGAGGUUCUGCCCAAGCUGAGCUCCUCACUGGCACGGCAAGCUCCGAUCAGCGCCAAGGCCGGACCUGUCUACACACACACCCUGGUCUACAAACUGCAGCUAGCUGUACUUCAGGGGCUGGGCUCACUGUCCCAGAGGCUGGAUCUGGAUGGCAAUCUUGUACAACCGUAAAAACCCGGCAUGGGACCAUAGCAGCACUCAGUGUAUCUCAAUCCUCUGUUAGUGUAUCCUCCUUCUUUGUUUUAUCUGUCUUUGUUUGUUUUAUUUUAAAGACCUAAAGACACAAUCCAGUGUUGCAUCUUAAAAAUUUUAUUGUAAAAACUUUAGACAAUUUAUUGAUACGAUUACAUAAAGUUUGCUUUUGGUGUGUGUUGAUCACUGGUAUUUGGAACGUGGCAGUGGUUUUCAUGGUAGUCAUCACCUUUUCAUAUUUUUCAUUCAGUUGUUAACUUUGUUUAUUUUCCUUACUUUGUUGACACUACAUCCCAGGACAUCCCAUGCAUUGCAGUAUUCAACAUACAUGCCAUUUCCUCUUGCACAAUACUGAAAUUGCUAGACUAAACGGGCCUUUAGCCUGUGUCACUUAAAUAUUAUUUUAAACAUACAGACCAUAGCCAGUGGAGCCAACAGGACGCUACUGAAUCCUUAGCCGCACAAGAACAACACUGUUCAUCUGGACAGAACAUUAAAAAACUACAUGAAAGGAGGGAAUUUAAUUGAUUAGCUCAGAAAUUGAAUGUUUUUUAGAGUUGUGUAUUUUGUGCUUGGUAUAGCUUCAGUAUCAUAGCUGAAAAUGUUAAUCCACAGUGGCCUAGGGGAUCAGUGCCAGCGUGUUACCAAUUUUUCAUCAAUCAUUAUGUUAUUAAGCAGAGAUGUCCCAGUUGCAGGCGUAACAGGUUCAGAUUGCUCCAAUUUUCCAACAUUGGUAAAUUCUCUAGGGGAAGCACAGUAUGUAUAGUGGAACUAAGAGCUUCUGAAUGCAGUUUGCAGCUCGUUUCGCCUCUAUUUUUAUGUCUUUUGUGUGCAGGUUGUUGUUUUUCAAACUAUGUAAUGAAAAUAACAGGAUCAUCACCUACAGUAAGAAGUGGUGGUUGCGAUCAGCGAAAGAAAUUAUGGGGGAAACGGUCAUUUUCAUACAUUAACUAGUAAUCAUCAUCACUUCUACUUCCCAAGGACAGUGAUUGUGCUAGCAAUAAAACAUUACAUGGUGGUUUAACA